AUGAGAACAUACCAAAAUGGCACCAUCUCCAUCGAGGUUUCAAAUUUCCUCCUGAACUGUUUUGUCAGAUCCCCCAUUUGGCAGCGCUGGCUGUCCCUGCCCCUCAGCCUCCUCUUCCUCCUGGCCAUGGGGGCCAACGCCACCCUCCUGCUGACCAUCAGGCUGGAGGCCGCUCUGCACCAGCCCAUGUACUACCUGCUCAGCCUCCUCUCCCUGCUGGACAUUGUGCUCUGCCUCACCGUCAUCCCCAAGGUCCUGGCCAUCUUCUGGUUUGACCUCAGACCCAUCAGUUUUUCUGCUUGCUUCCUCCAGAUGUACAUCAUGAAUUGCUUCCAAGCCAUGGAGUCCUGCACAUUCAUGGUCAUGGCCUAUGAUCGUUAUAUAGCCAUCUGCCACCCACUGAGAUACCCAGCCAUCAUCACUGACCAGUUUGUAGUCAAAGCUGCCAUCUUUAUUUUGGCUAGGAAUGUCUUCAUGACUAUGCCCAUUCCCAUUCUUUCAGCAUGGCUUUAUUACUGUAGGACAAAUGUCAUUGAGAACUGCAUCUGUGCCAAUAUGUCCGUCUCCAGGCUCUCCUGUGAUGAUGUCACUGUCAAUCGCCUUUACCAAUUUGCUGGUGGCUGGACUCUGCUAGGAUCUGACCUCAUCCUCAUCUUCCUCUCCUACACCUUCAUACUACGAGCUGUGCUGAGACUCAAGGCAGAAGGUGCUGUGGCCAAGGCCCUAAGCACAUGUGGCUCCCACUUCAUCCUUAUCCUCUUCUUUAGCACCAUCCUUCUGGUCUUCGUCCUUACACAUGUGGCUAAGGAGAAGGUCUCCCCUGAUGUACCAGUCUUGCUCAAUGUCCUCCACCAUGUCAUCCCUGCAGCCCUUAACCCAAUUGUUUAUGGGGUGAGAACCCAGGAGAUCAAGCAAGGAAUCCAGAGGUUGCUGAAGAAAGGGUGGUAG